GCUAAAGUAGAAAUGUUAACCAUAUAGUUAUUUUGACCCUUGAACUGUAAUCCUUAAAGUGAUGAUCUGGCAUUUUAACUCAACUUAUGUGUUAAGUGGAUAGGUGUUUAUUGUGUACAAAUGAACUUGUUUAAUCUUCAGAAAUUACAAGAAACCACCAAUUUCUGUAAAUGUUUUUCUUUUAUUUCAGUUUCCUUUUGUAAAAUAAGCAAAAACAUAGUAAUGUUACUAUAUUUACACAUCAGCCCUUCAGUUUUUAAAAUUAGCUGAUGCUUCCAUGAAAUCCUCAUAUGCAAAGCACCUGGACGCUACAAUCAAGAUCUGAUAGCGAGCCAUUGACAAGUGCACUGCUGUCAGCUCACUCAUGGUCAAGGAAAUAAAACUGUUAGAGGUAGGUUCCAACUUUCCAUCCACAUACAAACCAGCGCCUCCCAAGAGUAAUGACACCAAAUAGUGAUUCCAGCUCAUUUGCAUUCAUAAAACUGGCACAUGCACAGCUGUUUCCAGACAUGCUCCAGUGAACAUGUGCAAGUUCUUUAAGGUAAAUAUAGACACAGUUUACAAUCCUAUACUCCAAUAAUAGUUGAGUUAGUUAAUAAUAGCUGUAGUAGUUUGGAGUUAAUGUGUAAUGCGUUCCACUUUUAUUUAGAAUAGUGGCCAGUGUCUAAAUUUAGUAACUACAUCACAAGUUACAUAUAUUCAUAUCAAGCACCUAAAAUUUGUUUAGUUACAGUUACAUUUAUAAAUUUAUAAUUUAUCCACUUUUCAACAUCCAAUGAACACUUAAAAUGCUUUAUGUCAAGAAACCAGUCACUCACACAUUCAUCCACUAGAGUACACAAACACUGGAGGUGAGUUGGGUUAAAGGUCCUAUGUUACACAAGUUGACUCUUGUGAGCUUUAAGUCAUGUUAUAAUGUUGUUACCUUAUCAAAAAUUUAACUAGAGUUGUGUUUUGUUUCAUUCACACAUGUUUGAAUAACAGUUCUUUGUUAGUCUGUCUACAUUUCCAAAGCUCAAAAUCCUCUUUUCCACCUUGUGAUGUCAUGAAGUGGUAGUUUUCAAGUUAACAGCUGUCUUUUCACUUUAGUUCAGAGAUUGGCAAUUCCAGGCCUGAAAUUAUCCAAACAAUUCUAGUGAAGGUGUAUGGAGUUUUAAAAUACAGUGGAGCACUUUUGUAUUACCACAUGACAUCACAAGGGGUCUGAGAAGAGAACUCAACCUAAAUAUGCAAUAUUUGUCUAUAAAACAUGUAUGAAUAAAAACAAAACACACCUCCAGGUAUGUUUUUGAUGAGGAAACAACAUUAUAACAAAGAUUACAAAAUAGCUUAAUAUGGGCCCCUUAAGUGUCUUGCCCAGUGGCACAACAUUAUGCACUUAAUGAACCAAGUACUGCAUUCUUGGCCUGACUGUUCCAUAGAAAGUCUUGCAAUAGACACAUUUUCAUGAAUACAAAGAAUGUGAAAGUCUCUUAAUGAGUAAGAACAUUCUUGUGGUUGUAGUAAUAUGGCACUGUAUGCUGUAAUAUAUCCACCUAUGAUUAAUAUGCUCUGAAAUAAAAUGUACAACUGCUGUAGCACAGAUUUCAACUUGUUUCACAUUCUCUUUCAGGCUGGUGCAGAAGGAGCAGGAUGGCCCUGGUUGUGUUGUGACUGCCAGUGAAGAGACACACAGAGGCUGGCCCUGUCUGUGACAAUAUCAUGGACUUGGGCAUGGGCAGUGAAAAGGGAUCCUCUGAAAUCCAGUAUGGCUCCAGCUUCCAGAGCAAUCGCAGCGGGCAAACCGUGACCUACCUGGGGAAGUUUGCCUUUGACACCCCUCCAUCGGGCAGCAUUGGAGGCUCAGGCUGGUGCUCAGACAACAACAUCAUCAGCCUGGUGAGCGCGGGGAUCUUGGGGGUCUCACCUUCGCCUGGCACGGUCACCACCCAGACCUCAUCCUCCGCGGGCAGCAUGGGUGGGCAGACGUCAGACAUGGAGCAAGUGUAUGGACCCCCGCUGCCUGCCUACUCCACCUGUAGUGAUCUUUACCAGGACCAGGUGCCCUUCCACCACAGUCCAGCCACCAGCACCGCCCUGCCCUAUCCCACUAACGACUACCAUUCCACAUCUAAAGCCUCUAUGGACGGCAGCCUUUUCUCCAUGAUACCUGACUACAAUCUUUUCCAUCAUCAGGGCGAAGUGGGAGUCAUGGAACACAAGCCCUUCCAGACCAUGGACCCUAUCCGAGUCAACCCUCCGCCCAUCACGCCUCUAGAGACCAUCCGGGCGUUCAAAGACAAACAACAGAUUCACCCUGGUUUCAUCAGUGGGCAGCAGCACCCUCCCCAGCAUCACCCACCGCCUCAGACUCUCACUCUAAAACCCAUACGGCCGCGGAAGUACCCCAACCGUCCCAGUAAGACCCCUGUCCACGAGCGGCCCCACGCGUGCCCUGCAGAGAACUGUGACAGGCGUUUCUCUCGCUCUGAUGAGCUGACUCGGCACCUGCGCAUCCACACUGGGCACAAGCCUUUUCAGUGCCGGAUAUGCAUGCGCUCUUUCAGCCGCAGUGACCACCUGACCACGCACAUCCGCACUCACACAGGGGAAAAGCCUUUCUCCUGUGAAUUCUGUGGACGCAAGUUUGCAAGAAGUGACGAGAGAAAGAGACACGCAAAAGUUCACCUCAAACAGAAAGACAAGAAGCCAGCAGAUAAAGGCAGUGCUGCAGCUGGCAGUCACAGUUCACCCCCCAGCUCUUGUGGUGGGCCCACUGUUGGGGCAUCAUGACCAUCCUGGACUGUACCCGAAUGCCCUGAAAGACACUUAGGAAGACAGGAUCAGGUCUAUAGGUGACUAUUCCUUUUCCUAAUUUCUACUCAUCCUUCUGUUUUCGAGAUGGAUGCUAGUUUGAGUCAGAAAAGAAAGGCUGUCACACCUUUCGAGCAACUCAGAGCCUCAGCUACUGUAACACAGUGAAACUAAAUAAGGCACACUUCGUCCAGUCUGCAUCGUAUUUGUAAGUUUUGGAAUGAACACAGUUUUGUACAAAAAAUGAAAAAAAUAUUUUUAACUGAAAGGAGUUUGUAGGAAUAGAAUUAGACAAAAUAACAGUGAAUCUUAUAAUUCACCGUUGAGUUGUCUGGGAUGUAUCAUGCAUUAAUUUAUUUAGGCUGUUAAAAAGUGCAAUUGUUUAUAUUUGUGUACUGUUGUUGAACCUUUUAGUGGCACUUGACUGUCUCUUUGUUUUGGUUAAAGUGUGGUGUAUUUCUGAAUGUUUUUUCUCAAAGAAUGUGCCAAGAAUAUUGUGGUAAUUCAGCCAAUUAUUACACCUGGUAGACUUGUGUCUCAAAGUCAGUGAUACCACCGAUUAGAAUUAUAACUUGAUGUAGAAUGAAUGGGUCACAUUUCUGUGGAGGACAUACAAACACAUUUAUCAUUUUGUUUUCAUAAACUCUCUUUUUAUUUGACUUCAAGUAAAAUAGUUCAAGUCUGAUAUGAUUUCCUGAUAUCUUCCAUAUACUGUAUAAUAUGCAAUAUAUUCAUAACACAGCAUAAAUUAUACAAGAUCCGAUAAUGCAGUCAGUCAGACUGAAGUCCUUAUAUCAUGGCACCGGUUAUAUGUUCAAACAAGCUAUUUGUGAGAUUGAAUGAAAAGGGGAAUACAUGAUACUUCAGGUAUGACUAUUUAUAAAAAACAGUAAACACAUACUUUAGUUUACCAAAAUAAAAAAAACUUGUUUACAUAAAAUUAUUUCAAUUGAUGAUUUAUAAUUUAAUAAUUUAUGUACUACAGUUGAAGUUGCACUCAAUGUCAAAUGUUAAUGGCACCUGAGCAGUAAUUGUGCAUAUAUGUGUAAAUACAGUGGUCUGCAAAAACAAACUUUCAUAUGACUGAAUGAUUAUACACAAAGGCUUUUAGUUACUAAGCUGUUAUAGGUCAUACAUGCAUUUUAUAGCAAUCCAAUGGUACCAUAAAUGUAUUUUCUACCCUCAAAAACAGCAAUUGCAUGUGUAUGCUUUAAAUAGUUUGGGGACACCCUAAUGCCGUGUAUUUUCAGUCUUUUUUUUUUUUCCAAUCACUUUUUUUUUUUUUUUUUUUACUGGUUUGUGUUUCUCCAUUUCAAUUAAUAUUUUGCAUUUUGUCAUUUCAUAUGCCCAUUGUCUCCCCACUGUUCCUUCAUGUCUGUGAGUAAAACAUGUUGCAGGGAAAACCACCGUGUUCCACUUGUACUUCUUUUAGUGUUCAUAACAUUCAUUUGUGCUUUCAUUCAUUUUUCUAGGGAAUAAGAUGAUUUAUAUUUUCUCCCAAUUAACACAUAAAGGCAACAAAAAUAGAAAACAUUUAAAUAUCUGCAUUGUACUGCAUUAAAACAAUAAGACUUAUAGAUAUAUACAAAAUAAAGUAUUAAAAAUACGUAAAAAUGCAAUGCAGUAGCCUUGAUAUAGCCCAAGGAUUUAUACACAAGUUACUUUAAUGUUGCAGCUGUAAUAAAACAAUAAUGGAAUUUAAAAUAGCUACAAUUAUGGCAGUGGUCAGCACAUGGGGAAAUUACCUACUGAAAAUAUUGAGGACCCAAAGCAGCCUUUGCCUUAUUGCUGCUUUUUGCAACGAUUGUUAUUUAUUUGACCUUAGAGACUGUAUAAAAGAUAUACUUGUAAUUCAGCAGUAGGUGAAAGGUCUGCAUACUGAUCAUUUUAGCAAACCAACAUGUGGGAUUAUAUUUUGUACAUUAAUAAACAGCUACACUACUUUUAUUCAUAUUUCCAAAAUCCUCACAACAUCCACUACUUAAUAUUAAUGUAUAUUUCAUGUUAUAUUUGUUUUACAUUUUAAGUUGAUAAAAAGAAAAAAAAGAAAAAGGAAGUAGUAAACUGUAGCAUCAGUGAGUAAAGAAUAAAUGCAUAUAACAAAUGUACAUCUGUUGUGUUAAAUUGACUUUAAAUACAAUGGACAUAUACGGCAAUGUUGAGAAUUUAUUUGACCAAAUGUUUUGCACUUGAUGUGUGUGAUACUUGCUGGUGAGAAUGGAUGUUUUUAAUUAUAGUUUAUUGAGUGUGGUUUCUCUGACAGAAAACUAUGUUUAUGUUCUUUGUGUUAAAGAAGGCACAGACUACCAGACUAUUUCCAUGUCUAAAUCAAGCCAUAUAAUUACAACCUCUCUAACUCAAAAUGCCAUCACUCAUAGUCUCUGACUGAGGUCACUUUUGUUUUGUCAUGUUUUUUGUUUUGUUUGUUUGUUUGUUUUUACAUUG